AUGUUGUGCCAUAACCCAACCACACCCAACCACACCAGGAACACCUCAUCAUCAACCAUGCAACGCCCAGCAGCAGCAGCAGCCCAUUCCGAGCCAGCGCCGUCGACGACCACCCAUCCUCCCUCGGUCCUGCCGCCCCUCGAACCUGGGACUGCCAUCGAACCACCCGCCUUCUCGAGACGGGGGCCGUGGAAAUGGACCGACUAUCUCGCCUGCUACUUGCCAUCCUAUGACGGCCCUCAUGAUGUGGGCACUCUCACUCUCGAACUGCCGCUCCCUGAGCCCUAUUCGAGAUACGAACUGGCGAGUCCGAUGCAGAGACACGAUGGCCGGCCGAUCCUAGAACUCCACCCGACACUGAUGACGAUCUUCUACCCGGUCCACAAGCGGCCUGUGGAGCCGUUCUGGCGGCGGGUCUUACCGAUUGGCCGGAUGCGCGGCGCGGAGCCUCGGUUGCGGUGGAUCACUCUGGCCCAGAUCCAGGGUUAUUUGCGGUUCGCAAGCAUCACCUCCUGGAAGCGCUGGUUGGCCAUCCCGCCGUUGCUGCUUGCCCUCGGAUCGACCAAGCUUCCGACCCGCGGAGGCGCGCCGAUUUGUCUCAAGAAGGAUGCCCCAGAGGAUGGCGGACGAAGGCCGUACAAGCUGGUGAUCUUCUCCCAUGGCCUGACGGGGAACCGGACGUGCUACUCCCAGCUCUGUGGUCGGCUGGCCGCACAGGGAUACGUGGUUGCCGCGGUCGAACAUCGGGACGGGACGAGCUCGCACAGCCUGGCAACUGCCCAGAUUGGCGGCAGGACGGUGGGAAAGUCGGUGGGAUAUGUGGAUAUGGUAGACGUCAGUCCGGACACCCGGCCAGACGACUAUCUGUUCGCACGCGCCCACCAGCUUGAGCUCCGGACCAUCGAACUCCUGGCCGCUGCCAAAUCUCUUGCCUCCCUCUCGCGCCCGACUCCCGGCUGGAAGGCCCUCCGAGACGCGAACCUCAGAGUGCGUGGUGUCCCCGGAUGGGCCGCUGAUGAUGGCGCACACUGGUCCGAUCAACAGUGGGAUCAGUUCGCCAGCGCGGUGGAUUGGGAUCGCGACGUCACCCUUGCUGGUCAUAGUUUCGGUGCUGCUAAUGUGAUUACAGCCGCACGACACCCCGAUCGACCGAAAGGAUGGAAGCGAUUUAUCCUCUAUGAUCCAUGGGUAGAGACCCUGUCCCAUUGCUCGGACAAGUUUGUACGUAGCUGGAACACCCCGCCCGGCGAAGGCCCGGUCCCAAAGGACUUCCCAUGCUUGAUCGUCAAUUCGCCCGGCUUUACAAUCUGGAAACAGCACUUCAAACGCCUCCAAGAACUCUUCAUCAUCGAUCGUAAUAAGUCCAAUCAGCUGUGCUUGUUUGCUACUCUCGGUGGGAUCAUCCAUAGCUCGUUCUCCGAUCUUCCUGUCUUGGUUGAAUGGCUUUGGAAGGUCACCAAGAAGCUGAAGCUGGAUUCCCAGAAAGCUAUUCAAAUCAUGACCGAUCUGACGAUUGAAUUUAUCGAAUAUGACGAUGCCCAGGUUACGGCUCAUGAAGAAGUCCCCCAGAAGGAAGACACAGCAGGGGGCUCAGAAGGAGAGAAGAGUCGAUUGGAGCGCUUUCUUGAUCUCCACAAGCCUGACCCUAACUACCGCAACCAUGAAGCCCACCACCAUCAAGACUCGCUAGAGUCUAUCCAGCCUGGAAAGCUCCUCGUUCAUUUCAAACGCUUCUUCUAG